AUGCCUCACAAGGAGCAGCAGCACGUCGAGUUUGUGCCUGAGGACUAUCCUCCCUUUCCCGCUGACUUGAAGACAAUCGACCUCCAGACCAUUUCCUUACAGAAAAUCCAGAAUGCGGACUCUGCCGAACAAGACCGCAUGUUCGCCGCCUGCAAGAAUUGGGGCUUCUUCUAUCUGGACCUCACUCAGUCGGACCAGGGCGAGCUCAUAUCUCAAGGGGCUGCACAGGUUGCCCGCGUUGCUGAGGGCGUCAUGGCACUUCCUCUUGAAGAGAAAGAACAGUAUCCGUUUACAGAUGGUAACAUCUUUGGGUACAAGAAGGUCGGCCAGACCAAAGUAGACAAGGACCAAACGCCAGAUACUGCCGAGUUCUUCAAUGUUUCCAAAAACGAUAUGAUUGUUCCUGACGCGCAGAUGAAGCGGAAGUGGCCCAAUAUCAUCGUAGAGAACAAGGGCCUUCUCUCAACGUACUGCAAGACGGCACACUCCGUGGGCGUCCAGAUACUCGGUAUACUGGCAUCGAAGCUCGGCAUCGAUCCCGAAGAAAUUUUCCAAAGACACACGAUUGAAAAAUUCUCUGGUGACCAUAUUCGCAUGACGAGAGGACCGCCACGGAAGACAGCGGAAAUGCCUGAAAUACAGACCCCUUCACAUACAGAUUUUGGUACCAUCACCAUACUGAUGAAUUGGCUCGGCGGGCUCCAGGUCUUGGGCAGCCCCAAUCGCAUUCUCGGCAAUCUCGAUUUUGCCGACGACAACAACAACGGAGAGUGGCUUUGGGUGAAGCCCAAGAAGAACUGCGCCAUUGUUAACCUCGGAGACGCCGCAGUGAAGUUCACGAAUGGCGUUCUGUGCUCCGGACGCCAUCGAGUUAUUCCAGCUCCAGGAUCACAAGGACAGUGGCCACGCUACAGCAUUGUCUACUUCGUUCGACCUAUAGACGAAUGCAAGCUCAAAACUCUCAAAGGGACCGGAGUGCCAGAAGCCGGCGACGAAGACGAAGAUGGCAUCAAUGCACGGGAGUGGAUCUUCACGCAGGCGGAGAAGCUCGCAGGUCGUUGA